UAGGGAGCAAGCGUGCUCAUGUGUUUGAUGCGCAGGCUCUUGUGGAGGUCACAGUGAACCGACAGAUCUUGGGCCCCUGACACACCAUGGCGAAGCUGUUCGAGUCAAUCGGGAAGUUAGGUUUGGCCUUGGCGAUCGGAGGAGGCGUGGUUAACUCUGCCCUCUAUAAUGUUGAUGCUGGUCACAGGGCUGUCAUCUUUGACCGCUUCAGAGGAGUUCAGGAGGCUGUGGUUGGAGAAGGAACACAUUUCCUGAUUCCAUGGGUUCAGAAACCAAUCAUCUUCGACUGCAGGUCCAGACCACGCAACGUCCCUGUCGUCACUGGAAGCAAAGAUCUUCAGAACGUGAACAUCACAUUGAGAAUAUUGUUCAGGCCGGUAGCAGGUCAACUACCAAGGAUCUUCACCAGCAUUGGAGAGGACUAUGAUGAAAGAGUUCUUCCUUCCAUCACCACUGAAGUGCUGAAAUCUGUUGUGGCCAGAUUUGAUGCAGGAGAGCUGAUCACUCAGAGAGAGCUUGUCUCAAGGCAGGUCAGUGAAGAUCUAAACGAGAGAGCAUCCACAUUCGGCCUCAUCCUCGACGAUGUCUCCCUGACACACCUGACAUUCGGUAAAGAGUUCACAGAGGCUGUGGAGAUGAAGCAGGUGGCCCAGCAGGAAGCUGAAAGAGCGAGAUUCGUUGUCGAGAAGGCGGAGCAGCAGAAGCAGGCAGCCAUCAUCUCGGCGGCCGGUGACUCCCAGGCCGCCCUUUUGAUCGCCGACUCUCUGGCCGUGGCGGGAGACGGGUUAGUGGAGCUGCGAAAACUGGAGGCAGCCGAGGACAUCGCCUUCCAGCUCAGCCGCUCGCGCAACGUCACCUAUCUGCCCUCUGGCCAGGGCACGCUGCUGCAGCUUCCUCAGUAAACACACUUGCUGGACACACACACACAUACCUGCUGGUCUAGACUGAGCUCCACAACAGGUGUUCACAGAUGGACUGGGGAUUUCCCACCAGUGAGAGGGAUUCAGAGCAUGGUUAGGGAAUCCAGCAGCACUGCUUUGUGUGUGUGUUUGCUAAAUGUAAUACGUUUGAUUUUGUAUACAUUGUUAAAGCAGUAGAGUCUAAUGGUAGCAGUUUACCCCAACAGCACUAAAGUCUUCAGAAAAUAAAACUUAGACUAGAGUGAAAUGUGGGCUUAAUGGCGCCAUUUGUCUCUCUCUGUGCUGCUGUUAGCCUGAUUGUAUUCUCCUGUUUGUGUUCCUCCCAAUUGUGUUGGAGAAGUAAGACUAUGGAACGCCCAUCCAUUCCAAAUGUUAUAAAGUGAUAAAGUCAUAAUAAAAAGAUUUCUACUGAAGGAUAACAA